AUGGCAGGGCCUAGUAAAGUUAGAAGUGCAGCAUCAUCUAAAGUUGCUCUACUUACCCAGCAAGCUCCAGCUAGAGUUGCUGCCCCUACUCAACAUACACCAUCUAACUUAACUCUAUCUGCUCAAAGUGUACCAUCUACAAAUGCUCUAUGUAUCCAGGCUGCACCAUCUACAAAUGCAACUACUACUCAGGCUGUACCAUCUACAAAUGCAACUACUACACAGGUUGCACCAUCUACAAAUGAAGCUACGACCCAAGCUGCACUAUCUACAAUUAGUUCGCGUACCCGUUCUACACAGGUAAGGGGUCAGACUCGAGGGAAGAACAUAGCGCGUCUCAUAGCAAAAAAUGGUGGCAAAAAACUUCCUGUUUGGGUCCCUGCAGAUGCCAAGGUGCCAGUAGGGCCUUAUGCCACUCCAUUUGCAAAUGAAGUUGGGUUACAAAUAAGGAUGGCUGCACCUAUCAUUGGCGUAAGUAAGUGGGAUAAGAUUGACGAGAUUCAUAAAGCCCCAAUCAUUCAGGAUAAAUUUGAGAUUGUUGAUUAUGAUGAGGAUGAAGUGGUUCGGAAAGCUAUCAACAAGAAGUGUAAAACCCUUUACAAAAGUUGGCGUAACAAGAUGAAAACACAUUACUCGAAGUUGGUAGAAGCUGGUGUUGACCCUUACACUAAGCCUUACAAAGGGGUCGACCAUGAGGCUUGGGAAUUGGCUGAAAAAGGGAGGAAUAGUCGAUCGAAGUUACCAUAUAAUCAUACAAUGGGCUCUAAGUCAUUUAAAGCUGCAAUGUAUAGAGAGGGUACCGCAAAGGUUGACAUUGUAGAUUUCCACAAAGAUUCCCAUUGGAGCAAGAAAAAGGCGGAUUGGAUAGCCCCAAUAUGUGGUGAAUUACAUGAAGCUUUGAAAAAGCGACAUGAAGAAUCUUUGGAGCCUGGGGCAGUACCUUUAACUCAGGAGCAACUGUCAAUUGAGGUUCUUGGAAUGAGUAAAUCGGGAUACAUAAAGGGCUUUGGAGUUGGUCGAAACCCAUCCUCAUCCAAAUCUUCUGUUAGUACACAAGCACAUGUGGACGUGGUUUCGAGCCUAGAAAAACAAAUAGAGUCAUUGAAGAAUUUGGCUGAGGUCCAGCAACAACAAAUUGCAGCCCAGAACCUGGUAACACAAGAGCAAGCUAGAAAGAUUGAAAUGCAAAACAAAAGGUUUGAAGAGAUUGAAAAUUUUAUGAGGAUGUACAAGGAUCGGGCAAACAUGCAAGUUGGUCAAGAGGAUUGUUCAUCAGAGGAAUUUUAUUGA